UAGACGCCACGGAUUUGACAUUUCACUUGCCACUUAACCUCACUCUUGUUUUAAUUUUUAGGUUCGAAUAAAAAAUGGGCUCGAACACUACCGAAAAAGCGCUUAGUAUGCUCCGAUUUUUACCACGAGUGUGCUUAAGCAACAUUCGACCCCACCCGAAUUCACGAAUAAGAGAUAAACGCGGAAGGGGGCAACACGGCGGUGAUAAACACGGUUGUGGUAACAAGGGCUCCGGCCAGCGACAAAACUACAUGCGUUUGGGGUACGAAACCGGAAACAACCCUUUCUACCUGCGAUUCCCACAUGAACCAUAUUAUCAACGCCACCAUUUAAGACGAGAAUACCCCCCAGUGUCGCUCCUCCAACUGUUAAAGUUUAUUGAACUCAAUAGAAUCGACCACACAAAACCCAUUGACUUGGUGUCAGUUGUAAACACAGGACUGUAUAAACUGCUCCCAGAUCAACGUCAAUACGGUAUUCAAUUGACAGACGAAGGGGCUGACGUUUUCAAUUUAAAAAUCAACAUUGAAGUACAAUAUGCAACUGAGGUUGUAAUUGCGGCUAUUGAAAAAGCAGGUGGGGUAAUCACGACGGCGUAUUAUGAUCAACACAGCCUCCAGUGCAUGCUUAACACUAAAAAGUUCUUUGAAAGAGGGGUACCUAUCCCUAAACGAAUGAUGCCACCACCGGACGCCAUUGAAUAUUAUUCGGACCCCGCAAAAAGGGGGUAUUUGGCAGACCCUGAUAAAAUUUCAGAGGAAAGACUAGUGCUGGCACAAAAGUAUGGCUAUAGUCUCCCUGAAAUCGAGAAAGAUCCCAGUUAUGACAUGCUAACCGAACGCAAAGACCCCAGACAGAUAUUUUAUGGUUUGCAUCCAGGAUGGGUUGUGAAUCUUAGGGAUAAAGCGAUUUUAAAGCCACAGGAUGAGGAGCUGCUGAAAUAUUACGCCAAUUAGUUAUUGUACAGUCGAAUAUCGCGUAGAAAUAAGUUAAUAAACGAAUUUUUGAAU